CCCAGUUUUCUCAGUGUAUUUGAGAAUAACAAGGGUGAUAAAUAUCUCCCUGGAGGAAACUGGUUGAACCUGGAGAGAUCACCAACUCUGAGCUAGAGGAGGUGUAGGUGAAUACUGAUAAAGGAGCUUUGCUGAACUACCCACAGGCACAGAAGGACCAGGAAAGAAAUUCUUUCUAGAUUCUGGAGCUCAAAUAUGAUGAAGCCUGAGUUCUUUUGCUUUUCUGGAUUCUGUGUGUACUUUCUUUUUCUGCAAGUGGUAGUAUCUUCAGAGAAACUGAGGGUAACUACUCCCACAAGACACCUGUUAGCUAGAGUAGGAGGCCAGGCUGAGCUCAGCUGCCAGGUGAUCCCACCACACAGUGUGAUGCAUAUGGAGGUACGCUGGUUCAGGAGUGGCCAUUCCCAACCUGUUUACCUAUACAGAGGUGGCCAUAAAAUGAGUGAAGAAGCUGCUCCUGAAUAUGCAAAUCGUACAGAGUUUGUGAAGGAGGCCAUUGGAGAAGGCAAAGUGUCCCUCCGAAUUCAUAAUAUAAACAUUUUGGAUGAUGGACCUUACCAAUGUUCAUUUAAUGGUAGUGGCUUCAUUGAUGCGGCUAUCAUGAACCUCAAUGUGACAGCAGUUGGAUUGGAGACAGAGAUACAUGUUCAGGCUCCUGAUGCUGAUGGAGUCAUGGUGGAGUGUAAUUCAGGAGGGUGGUUCCCAAGGCCCCAAAUGGAGUGGAGAGAUAGUAAGGGGGCAACACUUCCGCACUCAUUAAAAUCAUAUUCACAGGAUGAAGCCAGAUUUUUCUAUAUGAAGAUGACUCUUCUCCUCACAAACAUGUCACAUGGCAGCAUCAUUUGCUGUAUUUUCAACCCUGUAACAGGUGAAGAGAAGCAAACAAGUAUCAUUCUAGCAAAUGAACUCUUUAAUCGGGACCGUAUUUGGAUGGAAAGUUUAGCUUCCAUUGUAUGGAUAAUGCUCUCUGUAUAUAUUCUAUAUAUAAUCUGCUUUUACUGGAGAACAGGGUGUGCAUCUGGAUGCCUGUCUAAAUGUUUUUGUGUGGUGACCUCCUGGCCUGUUCAAAUAGUGCAUUUAUUAUUCUGUACUGGAACAUUCUUUGCAAUAUAUUUACCUCACCGCAGCAGAGGAGAACCUGUGCUUUUGAUGACAUCUCACAGGACCAUUUUCCAGUAUUAAAAUUGCAGAUGUCAAGGACUGGAGCUGCUCUCAUUGAUUCCACAGUCGUUCCAGCUGUGCUAGACAUCAGAGCUUCCUGCUCCUUCUGCCACAAACAGAAAAACAAAUACAUGACCAGAAAAUAUGAUCAAUGUCCAGUUAAUCGCUUUCAAUAAUUUAAGUGUUGGUGUCACUUAAUUGUCAGUAUGAAUCCAUGACACAAAGUCAAGUUUUAGAGUCUAUUUGGGACUCACAAUUACAUUGUAGCAUUUUUGAUAUUAACAUUUUCCAAUAAUUUCCACUGCUAAUAAAUAUCCUAAGCAAAUAGGCCCUUUAAGAAGAUUUAUAAAACUUUGAAAUCUUUCUAUGGGUGCAUUUCUAAUAAGAUGUGGCCAUUAUUUAAAAGGGAAUUAAUGAUUGAUAUAAUUAUACUAAUUGCCUUUGAUGCUUUGGCAGGUCUCCAUUAUUUAGAGGCAUAUAGGGAAAUUCAUGUAGAGAAAAGUUAUCUCUAAUCAGAGCAAUGAAAAUGUUCAUAAUUUUAUUUAAUUUCAUUGUUUUUAGCAUGACUGUCCAAGCAGAAGUGAGAAAUUUAAAGUUCUAGGGGUUCCAGCAAGUCUUUCUUUAUUUCUUCAUUUCCCAUUAUCUUGCUAGAUAGGCUCUAGAAAAGAAUAUAUAUAGAGAGGUAUGUCAAAUAUCUCCACUGAAAAUUACAGCAUCAAACCUUGGAAUUUAUAAAACCAGGGGAGAUAAAGGAACUCUGUACAUUAUUGGGCAGUUGAAAUAAGUACAUUGUUAUUCAAAAUAUAAACACACAAAACCAAGUUAAGAUUAAAUCAAACCAAACGAAACCCCAAACCCCAAACUCCUCCAAACAUUUGCAUUCAACUAAAUGCUUCUUUCUCCUAAAUAUUCUGUAGAAGAAAAUGUAAGGAGACAAAGACUAGGACAAAGAACAUCUCAGCUUCUAAAUUAUUCCUGAUUAUAAAUGAGUUUUUAAAUUUUCUGAAUACACAGGGAUUGCAGAAAUUACUUUGGAAGCAAAAAUUGUAAAUUGAGCUGGAUUAUAUGUUGAGUGUAUGUAUAACUCUGUAAGUAACUACUAAAGUGCAAUAAUUUGCCCAUCAUUAGCAAUGGAAGAGGGAGCACUUGGUAUUGAGUUGUGUGUUUCAUAUGUAUUAAGUUUGAUCACACACACACACACACACAGAGAGAGAGAGAGAGAGAGAGAGAGAG